CGGCCCAAUCGUGACGCGGCCGAGAGGGAGAGGGAGGGGGGGCGUGGGCGAGGCGAGCAAGAUCCGGCCUCCCGCUCGUCUCUCUCUGGCCGGCCGGGCCUCUUCACCUUCUCCGCCGGAUCGGGAUCCCUCCGCCCGCGGAAUCCCUCCCACGUAUAACGGCGGCGGGGGAAAAGCACCGCCCGGCAGCGUCGCCUCCUGUCGCGGGAUUAUUUGUCGCGCGCCGGGCGGGCAGCGGAGGAGGCGGGCGGUCGGGCGCUGCGAGGGUGAGCUGCUGCUGCCUCCUCCUCCUCCUCCUCGCCUUCUUCCCCCUCGGCGGGCAAGGGAUGGAGGGAGCCGGGCCGAGGCGGCGGCGGGAAAGAGGAGCCGCCCCCUGAGGGGAGCCAGCCGCCGCGAAGCGCGCCAGGGAGGCCCGAGAAGGCUUCGGCCCAGCCGCCCCCCCUCCCUCCCUCCCUCCCUCCCUGAGGGGGCUUCCGAGGCCCCGCCCCUCGGGCCCUCCCGGGCGACCCCGUGGCUCUGCCGCCCCGCCCUCCCCUCCCCUCCCUCCCCCGCCCCGGCCGGCCGGGCUCCCUCGGUCGGUGGGUCGGUGGGCGUUGAGGGCCGCGGGUCCGCCGGGCCAGCAUGGUGGAGAAGCGCUGCCCGCGGCUGCAGCGCGAGAGCGUCUACCGCUGGUUCUCGGAGCUGCCGUCCCCGCAGCGGGUGGAGUUCCUGUGCGGCCUGCUGGACCUGUGCAUCCCGCUGGAGCUGCGCUUCCUGGGCGCCUGCCUGGAGGACCUGGCCCGCAAGGACUACCACUCGCUGCGCGACUCCGAGAUCAAGGCCAACAACGCGGCCGACCUGGGCGGCCUGACCAACCUGACGGACGAGGUGGUGCGCAGCAAGCUGCUGGUCUCGCUGGCGCUGCUGGGCUCGUCGCACCGCGAGGCGGCCGGCGUGCUCUUCCGCACCCUCACGCACCUCGACUCGGUCAUCCACAACUACGGGCUGCAGCUCAACGAGGGCCGCACCGGCGAUGAGUUCCUGCUCCUCUUCACCAUGGCCUCCAACCACCCGGCCUUCAGCUUCCACCAGAAGCAGGUGCUCAGGCAGGAGCUCACCAAGAUCCAGAGCCUCCUGGCCUGCACCGCCAAGGGACCCCCCGGCGCCGCCAACGCUGCCCCCGCCACGGCCGGAGCCGCCGCCGCCGCCUGUCCCGGGUGCCACAAGGUCACUCCGAGAUCUGAGACUCCCAUAAACCACGUGGUGGGUAACAGUUUAGAGAACGCACUCCACACAUCAGCACAUUCCAUUGAGGAGUCAUUGCUGAAGAGGCCUUCAGGGAAGCACUCCAAAGUGAGCGUUGAAAAGGUGGAAUUAAAGGGAUUAUCACACAAGAAGAAUGAUAGGAUUGUUGAAUAUUCUUUUGAGGUCUUAUGGUCUGAUUCCUCAGUGACAGUGGUAACAAAGUCUUCGGCCGAAGUGACUGAUUUCAUUUCAAAGUUAGGUCAGUUGUGUCCAGAAGAAAAUUUGGAGAAAUUCAUUCCUUUUCUAGCUGGUCCAGAUUCAUUUUACUUAGAAAGAAGCCAUAUGGACUUGGAAUCAGACCUUAGGUAUUUGGCAUCUUUACCGUCCCACAUUUGGAAAAAUGACCACGUCAAGAAAUUUUUCAGCACUUCAUGUCACUCCCCACAAUAUCAGAGUUCAAGUCCCGGCAAUUCUUCCCUUUACAAAGUGGGUACGACGCUGGGUGCUUCUGGAAGGCCCAUCUGUGGGGUUGCAGGUGUCCAGGCCGCCCAGAACAGUCUUCAGCAUCACCUGCCCCAUCCAGCCGCAACAGCCGUUUCCCUCUCUCACUGCUCUCAUUCAGGUGGGGCCGGGCCCACGUUAGCAUGUAGCCGCAGCCAGAUAGAAAACUCUUCCCCUGUUUUAAUGGCUCCGAGUCCACAAAACCCACAGGCCCAGGAGCAAAACGGAAUUUUAGAUUGGCUGCGAAAGCUGCGGUUGCACAAAUACUAUCCGGUUUUUAAACAGUUGACAAUGGAGAAGUUCCUGAGCCUCACUGAAGAAGAUCUUAAUAAGUUUGAAACACUCACCAUGGGAGCAAAGAAGAAACUCAAGACCCAGCUAGAAUUGGAAAAAGAAAAGUCAGAGAAGCGGACCAUGAACCCAGCCCCCUCCCCAUCCGUCAGCUCUGGGGUGGCCAGAGUUCCUCCCACCACUCACAUCAACCCCAUACAGAACAUUCGUGGGAACCAUGCCACAGAACUGCACGUGGACGUGGAUCAGACGGUCUCCACCACGCCCCCCCGCGAAGGCAGUUCCUCGGAGUCCUCCAGCUCGUCCUCCAGCCCCAUGGGCAUGCAGCCCCGGGAAGAAAGCUCGGACAGCGCCGAGGAGAACGAGAGGCGUGUGGAGAUCCACCCGGAGCCCUCAGAGAAGGAGAAGCCAGUCAUGAUCCUGAAUCACUUUGGCUCCAGCUCGGCCCGGCCCACCGCUCAGGUUUUGCCCGUACAGAACGAGUUGGGGUCUAGUCCGACGGCUCACCACUCCUUGCCAGGACAGAUGAAGGCCACUCCGAUUCGAAUAUUAAACUCUAUGCACAAAUCCGAGCAUGGAAAUGCAGACCUGAAGCUUCUUUCUUCACCUAUGCACUCGCUUUUACCUUUAGAGGACAGGACAAAGUUCUCAGGUGGGCCCGCCCAGAACAGCGUCAAGAUGGAGAAGAGCUUUGGAAACACCCUGGUGGAUCGGAUCCCGGUGCCUCCGCAUCAGCCCCUCCAGGUGCUCUCAGCGGUCCCUGAAAAUGGCCCCUCCGCACCUUCCAUUCAUUUCGGCCCCCGAUCCAAAUUGGUCCACGCGCCCGCACUGGAUCGAAUGGCGAAACCAUCCCAGCCCCCGGGCAUCCUGGUGGAAACUAGCACCACGGCCACCGUCACCUCAAGCACGGUCUUCCACAUGGCACGCCCCCCCAUCAAGCUGCUGGUCUCCUCGUCCGUGCCCACCGAUGCCGCCCUGGCGGGGCAGCCGUCCUGCUCCAAUAGUAUGCAAUUCAGCGUCUCCCCAGCAAUAAUCAGCCCCCGGACGGCUCUUUACACCGCCAACACCAAAGUGGCCUUUUCCGCCAUGAGCGGCAUGCCGGUGGCCCCCAUGCCCAGCAGCACCUUCUGCGCAAACAGCAACCCCGCCGCGUCUUCCAGCAGCCACCUCGCCACCUCCUUCGCCAACAUGGGCAGCCUGCCCAGCUGCCCCCCUCCGAGCUCCAGCCCCACGCUGUCCUCGGCUGCGGAGAACAGCUUCUACGGCGGGGGCGGCUCUGCGGGGAACAUGCCCGUCCCCAACCAGAACAACCACCAUCACCACCACCACCAGCAUCAGCAACCGCCCGGCUGCAUGGUCUGCAGUUCCUGCGGCUGCAGCGGGAACUGUGGCUCCAGUGGCAUGACUGUGAGCUACACGAACUACUUCCAGCACCCCUUUUCAGGGCCGUCCAUGUUUACGUUCCCCUUCCUGCCCUUCAGUCCUCUGUGCAGCAACGGCUACGUCAACCCCCAGCAGUACAACAGCAGCUCGGCCUUCCCUAUGGUCCACUCCCCGUAUGGCGGCGGCCCCACGCCGGACUCCCUCAUGAGCGGACAGUCCGCCUUUGCGGUGCCCCCCAUGCAAAGCUUCAUGGCCGGCACCGCAGGGGUGUACCAGGCCCAGGGGAUGGUGAACAACAGCGGUGGCUCAGGACACAAGAAACCCGGGAACCUCUCCUGCUACAACUGUGGAGCCAGCGGCCACCGAGCUCAAGACUGCAAGCAGCCACCGAUGGAUUUCAAUCGACAAGGUGAGGAGGGAGGUGGCUUGUCAGAGGUGGAUGGGGCUGCCCCCCAAAAAGGCAGUCGGGGACUGUGGUUGUGGGCACCAGGAGGGACAAAGAACCCUGUUGAAAACGCGAGCGUGAAUUUGCCGUUCUUUGCCAGAUUUGAUCCAGUCCCUAAAUGGCCCUAGGAGAAGCAUUGAUCUGGGGUUGUGAAGGACACAGCCUGGGGCGCAGAAGGCCUGGAUGUCAGUCCCCCAUCCUCUGCCCUGUCUACUUUAGAAGGUUAUCCUGAGGACCGGUCUCCUGAACUCUGAGAAGAAAGGCAGACUCUAAAAAAUAGAUCAUUUUUUAGCAUUCUGUAACACAGGAGAAGCUGAAGGGUCCCGCCCGAGGAGCUGAGAUGGGAAGGCAGCUAGUGCAGCCCCCCAAGAUAGCAAUAGCCCUUAGACUGAUAUACCGCUUCACAGUGCUUUAUAGCACUGACAGAGCCAACCUCUUGCCCCCAACAAUCUGGGUCCUCAUUUUACCCACCUCAGAAGCAUGGAAGGUUGAGUCAGACUUGAGCCGGUCAGGAUCAAACUGCCAAAUUACAGGCAGCCAGCGAGCAGUCGGCAGAAUUAGCCUGCAGUACUGCAUUCUAACCACCACGGCUCAUAAGGAUGUCUCGACUUCCUUCAGAAAACGGUCUAUAAGAUGAGCAAUUUACAGGGAGUCCUUGACUUACAACCAAUUGUUUAGCGGCUGUUUGAAGUUACAGCAGCCCUGAAAAGUGACUUGGGAGCAGUCCUCACUCGUACAAUGCGCGUAGCAUCCCCACCUUCCUGGGAUCAAAAUUGGGACGCUUGGCAUGUAUUUAUGAUUGAGGGGUGGAGCUUCCCGGGGUCACGUGAUCCCCACUUACGACUUCCCCAGCUGGCUUCCGCCAAGCAAAGUCAAUGGUUGUUAAGCAGGGAUUCACUCAACCAAAAGUUGUAAAAUUGGGCAUGACUCACGUAACAACUUCAUUGCUUGGCAGUGGAAGUUCUGCUCCCAAUUGUGGUUGCGAGUCUGGGACUGCCUGUAUGGUGUCCCCAAUGUCUGAGAAUCUGUGAAUCUGAACUGGGAUUCUUACAACCUGGAUUGCAAAACUCUGCUAAUUUAACCUUCCUUCUUUUUCCUUCAGGUACAUUUCGGUUAAAAUACGCUCCCCCGGCUGAGAGUUUAGAGUCCACGGACUGAGCUUAACUUCAGAUGCAAUAUUUUGUGAUGGCAAAAUGGCCAUGAAAUAAUUAGGGAACUUCAGAUUGGGAGUCUAUCUCUUGAGCUUAUUAAUGUUAUUUUUUUAAUCCAAAGGUGCUCUACUUCAACCCUAGGAAGGAAAUGAAACUUUAGGAGAGGGGGGCGGGGGGAGGGGCUUCCAAGCCCAUUUUUUUUUCCUGAAUUGCCAAAACAGAUUUUAACGUUGGAUCUCCCCGAAGAUAGGCGAGACUGGCCAACUGUCUUUUCUUGUUGUAUAGAAACUGCUGCACUUUUGCCGAAGAAUGUUGCCAUAAUUUCACCUUCCAUGCUGGAAAAUUAAACUCCUGGGCAGCUACGUUAUAAUCUGGAGUUGGAGUGAGAGCUAAAAGGCCGGUGGUGCAACCGUUGCCAUUCGCCUGCUGGACUCUUAACCUCGGAAGCUAGUUAAACAUAUCUCCUUUUUUUUUUUCCUUCCUCUCAAAAUAAAUCAGGCACUACACUCUGGGAUUUUAAAGGGUUGCACUACGGAAGAAUGUAUAAUUCUGUUCUGACUAUCUGCACUUCUAGCAAACUGAGGUGAGGGGAAGAGAUGUUGGAAACAGGCACCAGCAGGCUAUGUGGUCGUCUAAUAAAGGAAAAAAAACUUAACCCUCUUUCUCUUCCCAAAGAACAGAGGUGACUGCUUCAUUCUGGAAACAGUUAUAUACCACGUUGGUCAGCAAUUCCUCUUAACGUAGGACUAACUUACCAGCGGUGGAUUAAAGUUAAGUCUCCAAGGGUCUAGUGCCAGAGACUCAGUGGUAUUUUUUUUUUAAAUUCUCUUCUACGAUUUAAGGAAGUGUUAACAAUUCAGCGGCUUCUGCCGUAGGAAAUGGUGUUCUGCAUCUGUAAUAAAUUUUAAAAUUCAGACUCUUACAGGAAUUUGUUGGGCUUAGAAGGCACAGCGUCAAAUACAAAGUACAGUAGCAUACCGUUUCAUUAUUUAGGGAAGUUUUAUAGUUUGCCUCUUUCAUUUGAUGUGGGCUAUAAAAAAUUUAGCUUUGGUAGCGAAGUAGCAGCCAGUAGCGCUUAUCCAAAGGGGGUUGAAACAAUGUGGAUUUUUACCUGUCAAAGGGAGGCAAUGUUUUUUGAAGAAUUCAUUCUCCCUGCUGCACUCCUUGCUUUAUCAUCUGGGCUGCCUCAACUCUUUAGUCAUGUAGGACGGGACCGGCUGGGUCUCUCUCCACAUUUUUUAAUGCGCUGCUUUGUAGUAGAAGACAGCCCCCUUCUGAAGAGCAGGAGUGGCAGUGUCAAAACUUACUCUCUGCUUUCUGUAAAGAAGUGGCGAGUUCCACUCCUGUGCUGGUCUAUUGCCUUGGACACUGGUAUUCCAACAGGCCUGGAUCUGACCUCCGUUAUUUCUAUGCAAUGGAGUAUUCGGUUCUCAUCUCCUCACUUCGGCUUCACCAAAACAGGGUUAGUUAGACGGGUGCGAGACAGACUUAAAAGUUAGUUGAACUUUAUUCGCUCCAAACUCUGGGGUAAUAACAUGGCUGCUGUUAAAAUCAGUGUGUCAGGAUCAUAAAGUGUAAAAUUUAUUUUGUAGUGCCCCGAAUGAUUGAGGCUGCUGCUGUACAUGGUCACCUGUUAGGAAAAUUUAAAAAAAAACCUGUAUUCAGAGUGGAUGGGAACUCAGCAAUUUACGUGGCCUUAAUGACCUUGCCAUGAAUAGAAGCAACCUGCCUUGGUUAUUACAUCUUUCAGUUCAUAUUUACUCUUAAAGGUGAAAAUACUUUUAGUAGUCUGAAAUAUACGCUAAGAGCCAAAUGUCCAUUAAAAAGGAAUCCUAUCAUCCCACAAGCUUAGCAGAAUAAAAACCUUAUUAGUUUUCUUAAUUGGGAAGCCUCUAGAAACUUGUCUGUUACAUCUGCGGAAUUUUAAAAAUGUGAUUUUUUUUUCCCCCAUGGAAAAAAAGACCCACUCGCUCAGCCAUCCAACUUUCAAAGAGAACUGCUUUGAUAAUAUAAUUGCAGAGGAAAUGCAGCGGAAUCCCCAGAAGAAAACCUGAUCUGAGUUUUCCUGGUUUGCCUCUGAAAGUAUUAGGUUUGCCUUGUAGUUCUCCAUUCAUAUUCUCCACUAUUCAGAAGUGUUUGGCAGUGUUUCAUGUAGGAGUAGAUGCCCACCGCAGGCCUCACGUGCAAGAACAAUUAAAACACUUUCUUAGAACAUAACUAACUGCGUGCCUCAGUUUGGUUGCAACUUUGCACUGAAGGACUUGAAGGAAUGUGACUCAAUCCACGUUGUUAACAAAAACAGCACAUCAUGCAGGAUUGCCCAAAAUCCUUGCCUAGAGGGGACGAAGCAUUUCCUUACUUUAAAAAAAAACACGAGACCGUCUGCUUUGAAGGAAGGCUAUUUUCAUUGACUGUACUGUAGGAUACCUGCCAGGUGUGGGGUUUACUAUAAUCGAUGAGAACCUAAUGGAGCACUACAAGACUCUGAGCUAGCCUCCGAUUAAGAGAGCAGCUUUCUAGUUUCUGUUGAAAAUGCCUUCCAUAUUGUCCUUAAAUAAACACUCCUAGACACCUAGAGGAAACGCUUUGGCAGAUGCACUUCAUUUUAAGGCUGAAAUGACCCUAAAAUGAUCAGAUUCCUUAUGACGUAUCUGCACCCUCUUAUUAAUGGGCUGUACCUGGAAGCAGGAAUUAAAGAAGCCAGCAAUUCAGAAAGCUACCACUAUCCACAUCUCUCUCCGUAAACUGAAUUCUAACUGUUAAUAGGAAGCAUUUAUGUCCCCCAAUGGCAGGUUAACAUGUUUUCCAGUUUUAACUUUCCGUUUGGAGCAAAAGGGAUGCCUUUUGCCCGUUUCGAGCCAUUUCUUUUACUCCUAGUAUUACAAAAUGUGCACGAAACUUUAUAUAAAUAUCAAAAAGUUUUGUAAAUAUUUAAUAUUUACCUAAUAUGAUUUUGAACUGUAAAUGUCAAGUAUUCUGGUAUUGGGAUUUUUAUGUUUUAUUAUACUUUGUUAAAGGUAAAAUUGUACAUUUUUAGAAUGUUUUUAUCCGAGUAAAUUUAAUGUACUGAAAAACAAAUAAAAGACCGCAGUGUCUUUCCAGUCAUUCUCGUUGAUGGGUUUUUUUCCCCCUCCCCUUGAGGCUAAAGAUGAUAACACUUGGAGCGGGCUAAUCACUUCCAGCAACAGACUGGCAGAGGGCAUCUUCAGAAGUG